AUGGCGGCGGGUGGCGGCCGAGUCGCCGACUCCCUGUCUUCCGCGGGGGUCCCCUGCGCCUUCUCCCCGCACAGUCAGGCCUUCUUCGCCUUGGCGUCCGCAGAUGGUCACCUGCGAGUGUGGGAGACAGCCAACAACCGGCUACACCAAGAGUACGUGCCUUCCGCGCACCUCAGCGGUACCUGCACCUGCCUGGCAUGGGCGCCAACGCGGUUGCAGGCCAAGGAAAGUCCCCAGAGGAAAAAAAGGAAAUCAGAACCUAUAGAAACAAGUAACCAGAUUGACUUGUUGGCUCUUGGCACAGCAGUUGGUAGUAUUUUAUUAUACAGCACAGUAAAAGGAGAAUUACACAGUAAAUUAGUAAGCGGUGGACAUGACAACAAAGUCAAUUGCAUACAGUGGCAUCAAGACAAUGGCUGUUUGUAUAGUUGUUCAGAUGAUAAACAUAUUGUGGAAUGGAAUACACAGACGUGCAAAGUAAAGUGCAAAUGGAAAGGUGACAACAGCAGUGUUAGUUCCCUGUGUAUCAGCCCAGAUGGAAAGAUGUUGCUUUCAGCUGGUCGAACAAUCAAACUAUGGGUUUUGGAGACCAAAGAACUAUACAGACACUUCACGGGACAUGCAACGCCAGUUUCAUCACUUAGGUUCACUACUAUCAGACCUCCUAAUGAGAGCCAGCCAUUUGAUGGAAUUUCAGGUCUUUAUUUUCUAUCUGGAGCAGUACAUGACCGGUUACUUAAUGUCUGGCAAGUCCGGUCAGAAAACAAACAGAAGAAUGCAGUGAUGUCUUUCACAGUUACAGAUGAACCUAUCUAUAUUGACUUGACUUUGUCAGAAAACAAAGAAGAGCCCGUUAAAUUAGCUGUUGUUUGCAGAGAUGGUCAAGUUCACCUUUUUGAACACAUAUUAAAUGGAUACUGCAAAAAGCCUUUUACUUCAAACUGCACAAUUCAGAUAGCGACACCUGGGAAAGGCAAGAAAUCAACACCAAAACCCAUCCCUAUUCUAGCGGCAGGUUUUUGCUCAGACAAAAAUUCCUUGUUGCUUGUAUAUGGCAAUUGGUUUCAGCCCACCAUUGAGCGAGUGGCUUUAAAUUCCAAAGAACCUCAUAUGUGCUUAGUAAGAGAUAUUUCAAACUGCUGGGCUCCAACAGUAGAAACAGCUAUAACUAAGGUGAGAACACCAGUGAUGAAUUCUGAAGCAAAAGUGCUGGUGCCCGGGCUACCUGGUCAUCAUGCAGCCAUCAAGCCUGCUCCUCCACAAACUGAGGAAGUAGAGAACAAGAGAAAAUUAGGGGAAAAGGAGGUUAGCAUUGAAGAACGCCUGGGAUCAUUGAAUAUAGAAUCAAAGAAAGAAAAGGACGACCUACAGACAAACAGUUUUCCAGUUCUUCUGGCACAGGGUUUAGAAAGUAAUGAUUUUGAAAUGCUAAAUAAAGUACUUCAAACUAGGAAUUUAAACCUAAUAAAGAGGACUGUAUUAAGGAUGCCCCUGCAUGCUGUUAUUCCAUUGUUGCAAGAGCUUACAAAGAGAUUGCAAGGUCAUCCUAAUAGUGCUGUUUUAAUGGUUCAGUGGCUAAAAUGUGUGUUAACAGUCCAUGCAUCAUAUCUAUCCACAUUGCCUGACCUGGUACCCCAGCUGGGUACACUAUACCAGUUAAUGGAAAGCAGAGUAAAAACUUUCCAGAAACUUUCACACCUUCAUGGAAAGCUUAUUCUUCUUAUCACACAAGUCACUGCUUCGGAAAAAACAAAGGGGAUGACUUCUCCUGAACAGAAGGCAAAAUUGGUGUAUGAAGAAGAAUCUUCUGAAGAGGAAUCGGAUGAUGAAAUAGAUAAAGAUUCUGAUGAUAAUUGGGAUGAAGAAGAGGAAGAGAAAGAAAGUGAAAAAGAUGAGGAGGUUGAUGAAGAGGAGGAAGAUGAGGAUUCGGAAGAAAAAGAUGAAGAAAAUGGUGAGGACAGAGAUGUGACAAGUGAAAAAGAAUUAAAUGGAGAUUCUGAUUUGGAUUCUAACAAUGAAAGUGAAGAGGAAUGA